GUUCCGUAAAGCGGUUUCCGCUCUCUCCGGUCCUUUCCUCCGCUAAAAGGUAACGUGGUCGCUUCGGUGGCUAAAAGCUGGUCAUUAAAGUUCACCAUGUCGUCCCAUUUGCAGUGGAUGGUCAUCAGGAACUGCUCCAGCUUCCUCAUCAAGAGGAACGGACAGACCUACAGCACUGAGCCCAACAACCUGAAGGCCAGGAACUCUUUCCGCUUCAAUGGGUUGGUGCACAAGAAGACUGUAGGUGUGCAGCCUGCAGCCGACGGCAAGGGUGUCGUCGUAGUGCUGAAGAAGCGUGCAGGCCAGAACAAACCUGCCAACUCCUACGUCAAGGUCACCAUCAACAAGAAUUCCCGUGCCACCCUCAACAGCUUGAGGCACAUCAUUCGCAAGAACAAAUACAGGAAGGACCUGCGUAUGGCUGCCCUGCGUCGUGCCAGCGCUAUCCUGAAGAGCCAGAAGCCUGUUGUGGUCAAAAAGAAGCGCACCAGGGCUGCCAAGACCGCAUAAACUCAUACACAUGAUAAAUCAAUAAAAUGGUUUUUGUUUGGAAAAAACA